AUGGAAUCCCAAAAUUUCGAAACACCUUUCACACGUUACUUUGCAGUUCAAAAUAUCAUCAGUCAUGAAAAUUUUAGAUCUACAUCCAGCACAGUUUCUAACGACAUAGCCUUACUUAAAACUUUAAUUAGCAUUGAAUUCAAUUAUGGUGUGGCUCCGGCUUGCUUGCCCUUCCACUUCAAUGCACCUGAGCCGAAUGAUCGUGUCAUGGCAACAGGUUGGGGAACAACAUCAUUUGGCGGACAACAGUCUUCCCUCUUACUUAAGACUACGCUGGAUGUUAUCCCACGGAACCAAUGCGAAAAGUUGACUUCACUUCCACUAACUCGCAACAUUUUUUGCACUUUUACUUCCGGUCGCGAUACUUGCCAGUACGACUCCGGUGGUGCUCUUUAUCAGCGCGAUAGUGAGGGUCGUUUGUUUACCGUUGGUGUGAUCAGCUACGGCUUCGCAUGUGGCGGUCAACAGCCUUCGAUAAAUACACGCAUACGCUCCUAUUUGACGUGGAUUAAAGCAAAAGCUCCGGAAAUUAUAUUCUGCAUUACAUAG